CAGCAACACCUCAGCACCUUCGCGAACCCCUUCCAAACCCUUUCUACGGCCACACAAAGCGUUCAUAAACAUGGCUUCCGACGCGUCCACCCCCAAGCCCGUCAACGUGCUCUUCGUUUGCCUCGGCAACAUCUGCAGGUCCACAAUGGCCGAAGGCGUCUUCCGGCACGUCACCAACAACGCGAACCCACUAGUCGGGGCGAUCGACUCGUGCGGCACGGGCGCGUACCACGUGGGCAGCAACCCGGACUCGCGCACCAUGUCGACGCUGCAGGACCACGGCAUCAAGACAUACCGGCACAAGGCGCGCAAGUUUGCGUACCCGGGCGACUUCGACACCUUCGACUACAUCAUGGCGAUGGACGAUGAGAACCUGGCGGACUUGGUGCAGCUGCGCAAGCGGUAUGCGCGCGAGCUGGAGUCCAAGGGCCGCAAGGACGAGGUCGCGCAUUUGGGCAGGGUUAUGCUGUUUGGUGAGUUUGGCGGCAGGAGGGGCGAGGUCGUCGAUGAUCCGUAUUAUGGCGGUCGCGAUGGCUUUGAGAUUGCGUAUGCCCAGAUGAUUAGGUUUACGGAUGGGUUUUUGAAGCAUUUGAGUGAGAGGCCGCGGGAGGAGUAGGUUGUGCUGCGGGGUGUUGAUGCUCUUGACGCGGUGCGUUUGGUGAGGGUUGAGGUUGUGAUACCCACGAUAGAGUAGACUGGUCUGCAAGCGAAUUUCCAUCUCAUGGAAGCAUGUUUGGCCAGAUGCCACUGAGAAGUUUGAUCUGAUGAGGCGGAGAAUUAUAUCUCUG